AUGCGCUCCAAGCGCAUCGGCGUCUCGGCCGAGCCCGAAAUCACCCGCGUCGACCUCGGCCCCGCCCAGUACAGCUUCCUCACCCUCGUCUCGGACGGCGUCUCCGGCCACCUCAGCGACCAGGAAAUCGUCGACGUCGUCAAGGAGGCCCGCACCCCCGAGCAGGGCGCCCAAAAGGUCGUCGACUACGCCACCGAGGUCUCCGCCAACGGCGACAAUGCCACCUGCCUCGUCGUCCGCCUCGGCGGCUGGGAGAGGCGCUCCGAGGGCGGCCUCGGCAGCAUGGGCACCAAGGAGAUUCGGGACGUCCGGAGGGCCGAGGCGCUCGAUCCGCGACGGGGCAAGCGGUAG